GAACGAUGGAGUGAUAUAACGCUCGACUAGUUAGUGGACUGACUAAUUUAAUAUAUUAGUGAAUAAGCCAAAAUAAUUAGGUAGUGAUUUUAGUAAAGUUACUAAUAAUUAAGUGAAUUUAGUGUAGUGUGUUAACUCCCUAACGUCAUGAACAGCUGAUAUGUGACAGGACUAGUGACACAAAUUAGAGCGGCGUUAACUAAUCUCACGAUCAAAUUCUAGUGACUUUCCUAAUCUCACGAUCAAAUUCUAGUGGACUACUAAUCUCACGAUCAAAUUCUAGUGGGCUCACUAAGCUCACGAUUAAAUUCUAGUGGACUACUAAACUCACGAUAAAAUUCUAGAGCAGGGGUGCUGAAACUUACGAUCAAAUUCUAGUGAACUCACUAAACUCACGAUCAAAUUCUAGUAGACGCACUAAUCUCACGAUCAAAUUCUAGCGAGCCUCCCUCUUUAAACUCACGUUCCAACUCUAGUGGUUAGUGGUUAUGUGUGAUGAAGCGUCAGUGGUUGGUGCUGUGGUCGCUAUGGGCAAUGCGGCUGGCGCGGCAGCCGUCGCCGGCGGUGCGGGUGUCAGGGGGGGUGCUGCGGGGGGAGGUGGUGCCCGACGGCUCGCAUGUGCGGUACCUCAACGUGCCCUAUGCGACGCACCCUGAGCUGAGAUUUCAGGGACCCGCGGCUGAGCCAACAUGGGUUGGCGUGUUCGAUGCUGUGGAAGAGAACGUGCGAUGCCUGCAGAGGAUCGGCAAGACCUUCAUGAUCGGCCGACGGGAGUGUCUGACCUUGAACAUUUACACGCCCAACCAGGUCGCCAACAAACCCAAGCCCGUCAUGGUCUUCUUCCACGGGGGAGGCUUCUUCACCGGAUCAGCCUCGAACCUGCUUUAUGGUCCGAACUAUUUAGUAGCCAAAGAUGUGAUACUCGUCACUGUGAACUAUAGACUGAACAUUCAAGGCUUUGCUUGCUUGAAGAUCAAGGAGGCGCCAGGAAACGCCGGGCUCAAAGACCAGUUGGCUGCUUUGAAAUGGAUCCAAAGGAACAUUAAAGUAUUCGGAGGGGAUCCAGACAACGUGACCAUAUUUGGGGAGAGCGCUGGGUCCGUGUCUGUGUCUUUUCACGUCCUGUCUCCGAGAUCAAAAGGACUCUUCCACAAAGCGAUCAUGCAGAGCGGAUCUUCCCUUUCAUCCUGGGCGCUGCAAUUCAAGCCCGUCUGGAUGGCCAGCCUAAUGACCAAAACUAUGGGCUACGACGCCAAAAAUGUGACGGACAUCUACAAUAUUCUGAUGAGUAAGACUGAUAUCGAAUUGAUUGUAACCAGAGUACCUAGAAGGGAAAAUAAUACUAUAAUAUCCGAGCUUCUUUACAGUCCUUGCGUUGAAGAAGAGAUAGAUGGAGUCGAAGCCUUCAUCACAGAGACUCCAUACAAUUUACUAUCAAAGGGCAACUACAAUAAGGUUCCCAUAAUGCUGGGAUACAAUGGAGCAGAAGGUCUGCUCUUUAUGGGCAUGGAGAACGACACGACUAUACCCUAUAUUAACUUCGAGAAGUCAAUCCCUAAGAGCUACAGGAUACCCUCCAAAGCGGAGCUGAAAAAAAUGGGAGAGAAGUUAGAGAAACUGUACCUAGAUGGUGACAAAACGAACAAAAAUUUGUCAAACUUAGCCAAAUUUCACGGGGAGGUGUAUUUAACACAUCCGAUUUUAGAGGAAACGGAGCUUUACAUGAAGACGAAUGACCAGCCGGUGUUCAGUUAUGUUUUCAACUACGAUGGAUAUAGGAAUAUUCCUAAACUGUCACUGGAGAGGCAGUUAUCUCAAGUGCCCAAUGCGACGCACGCUGACGACUUGUUCUAUCUGUUCAGCCAACAGUUGAUCCCAGCGUUCUUGGAGCAUAAAGCAAUAGACAGACUGACAACGUUGUGGACCAACUUUGCAAAAUAUGGGGACCCAACGCCGCAACCAACAGAGCUGGUGCCAGUGAAGUGGUUACCUGCAACCACUUCACAACCACAAUCCCUCUUCAUAGACGAGGAGUUCUCCACCAUCCCUCUCUGGCCCUCAGAAUCCCUGAGAUACCUGAGGGAAGUCUACAGGAAGUAUAGAAGGAAAGAGGACUAGACUAGAGAGGCUGAUGAAAAAUAAAUAUAUAUUAAAAAGAGGACUGGGUAAAGAUAGACACUGAAUUAUAAAAAAAAACAUGUUUGGGCAUUGAUUACACAUACCGAGUGCAGUAGAGAGACGUAGGAGAGCCAUGCUUCGGCACGAAUGGGCCGGCUCGAC